CCGUGGAUUGCGGACGAAAAAAAGACACGGAGUAGGUGGUACGACGCCGUUUUGUUUCCACUAUCAAAAUAUGCUAAGAUAUAGGAAGAUUUGUUCAGAUCAAGAACUGAGGAACCGGAAUUGAAGAAUUCAGAAUUCAGAAUUCCUACAAACAUGUCUUACUAUCCGAAAGGCCACCAUGGUGAUGACGACGGCGCUGACUUUGAUGAGUACGAUCCAACUCCUUAUGGUGGUGGAUACGACAUUGCUUUGACUUACGGUCGCCCACUUCCGCCAUCUGAGGAAACCUGUUAUCAGCCUUCCUCAGCUUCUGAUGAAUUCGACUAUGAUCGUCCUCAGUACUCUUCUUAUGCUGAGCCUUCUGCUUAUGGUGAUGAGGCUCUUGAUAAUGAGUACCAGAGCUAUUCCAGGCCCAAGCCUCGACCCACCCCUUCCUAUCGCCCAUCUGAGGAAUCCCAUACUUAUGAACAGCCUCAGGCUGAUUAUGGUUUUCAGCCUGGGGUGAAUCGCCCUGGCGGAGAAAGUGAAUAUGGAUCUGGGUAUGGACAGAAGAGUGAGUAUGAAGAGCCCAAACCGAAAUAUGGAUCUGGCUAUGGCCGAAAGAGUGAGUAUGAAGAGCCCACACCAGAUUAUGGAUCUGGGUAUGGGAGAAAGAGUGAGUAUGAAGAGCCAAGUUCCGAAUAUGGAUCUGGGUAUGGGAGGAAGACUGAAUAUCAAGAGCCAAGUUCCGAGUACGGAUCUGGGUAUGGGAGGAAGACUGAGUUUGAAGAACCCACUCCCCAAUAUGGAUCUGGGUAUGGACGGAAGAGUGAGUAUCAAGAGCCAAGUUCCGAGUACGGAUCUGGAUAUGGGAGAAAGAGUGAAUAUGAAGAACCUACUCCCCAGUAUGGAAGGAAAAGCGAGUAUGAAGAACCCGCUUCCGAGUACGGAUCAGGGUACCGGAAGAAGAGUGAAUAUGAGGAGCCAAGUUCGGAAUACGGGUCGGGUUAUGGGCGUAGGAACGAAUCCGAAGAAUAUGGAUCUGGUGGGUAUGGCAGGAAGCCGAGCUAUGGACAGGAGGAAGGUGAGAGGCCCAGUUAUGGGCGUCCAAGCUACCAGACUGAGGAGGGCGAAGGGUACGAGAAGCCUCGUUAUGGAAGGUCCGAGGAGGAGGACUACAGGAAGCCCAGCUAUGAGAGACCUGGUGACGACGAUGAGGGCUACGGUCGCAAGAAAUAUGGUGAUGACAACUCCGAUGAUGACGAUGAGAAGAAACAUCGCCACCACCACCGCAAGCACUAUGAUGAUUGAGCAGAGUGCUUUAUAAACAUCUGAACCAGAUUCAUGCCAUAUUAAAAGACUAUCACUACUAAAUAAAAGUUGGCAUGUUUGUGCAAUGUUUUUCUUGCGUGUUUGCUAAGUUGGCACUUGACGUUCCUUUCUAGUUAUUUGUGUGAGGUAUAUUUUGCUCCGCUUACUACAAAACAAUAUCCCAGACAUUUGUCCGGGUAAAUAUGCCGUGGAUGCAUAAACUUUGUGAUUGAUCGUUCUCCA